CCCACACACGUGCGGCUGCAGCCUGAGCAACAUCUAUUACUAUUCAGUAUCAUGCAUGACGGCCCCCAAGACGCGGUGAUAUGAUGGUGGUGGCCGCCCGCCAAGAACGCAAUAUAGGCACCCAAGAGUGGGCCGCCGUGAUUACGCGAUGGCAACAUGGUGUGCGAGACGGCAGCAGCCUGGAACCAGACAAACACACUCGUGGUCCAAGUUCCGAGCGCAUGAGCAGAGAGCGCCCGUCUUGGGGCUAUCUGCGACUCCAUCAACUGCAUCGGAGGGCAGAGACAAUCUGCCCGUCAGUCACCCUGACCCUGACAUCCAUGCACUGCCUGCGGCCGUUGUGCGUCUCGGCCAUUUUGAGAUAGCGCUGUUGACGAGUGGGCCAUUGACCUGAAUAGCGGUGACGGGCACUUGAUGGCCGCGGUGCCCCUGGCUUGGCAUUUUAGCAUUCCACUUUUUCUUUCGAAUGCGCGGAGACGGCCAGGGGCAGCUCACGGCGGCGGGCCGGCAUGCACAGCACUCAGUGAGGAGCAGGCAGUGGACACGAUCCGCAGGCGCACCAUCCGCAGGCCAACAGCACCCAACACGGCCAAAACAGUCGGGGGCAAACGCUGUUUGGGUCAAUUGACCGUUACUCGCUCCGAGCCUAGACUGGAAUCGUGAGACAGAGCACCAGCUCCGUCGUGCUGCUUCCUGGUGGGACGGGCGGGCGAGAAAGUGGGUCGAGUCAGACACGCUGAAGUACUUGAACAGGGUGGUGCAGGAUGCAGCGUCCCCCGAUCGGUCGACUGUACUUUUCUACGACGCGAACCACCAGGCCUCGCACGACAUCUCGGUACUCGACCUCACACUCGGCCUCGACACGACGCGUCAAGAUCAAGCACACUGGCCACAAUGGGUCUCACCGGCCGUGCCGCGCAGGUCACUCUCUUUGCGACCACAAUCUUCUUUAGCAUCAUCGUCUUGGGGCUGGACGGCUACCUCACAGGCGAGAUCUACAGCUACAUCAACUCCAUUGGCUCCUACGGCGGUUCCUCGAGCAGUGGCUCAGGCGGCAGUGGCUCGACGUACUUGACGUCCUCGUAUCGAACUGCCUACACGACGUACAGCACCUCUGACUACUCGAUUUCCACAUACACGUUCUAUUCAAUCUCGAUGUUGAGAGUUUGGUCCACUUUUCUCACUAGCAGCCGCACGUACGGGUACACGACCUACUACACAACUCGGUACAAGCGAGACGGCGAGGAAGCAGACGCGCCUGGCCCCGUGCAGACCGAUGCCCCUACUCCCGCAAUCACCGCCGCUCCGAGUGGCCCUACCGCACCACCGACUGGCCCCCCUGCCGUCCAGCUCAUUGCUCAGGAUCGCGCGGUGGAGCCCGUUGAGGAGCGGCUGCACCACGACUUCCUGGUACCAGACCUCGUGAAGCGAAAGAAGGGCGGUGGCAGCUCAAGCGGCGACAGUGGGAGCAGUGGUAGCAGCAGCGGCGGCAGCAGCAGCAGCAGCAGUGGCAGUGGAAGCAGCAGCCAUGACUCUGGCUCGAGCGGGUCGAGCUACAACUACGGCGCCUGGAAGUCCAAGGCCAGGGGCAAGGCGGCGCCUUACAUUGUCGUUCUGGUGUGGGCUAUUCUUGUGGCUCUCUACGCCAUCUUCCAUCUGAUUGUCUCGGCUCUUAAGCCGACGAUGCCCCUCGUCUCGGUUAUGGCGGACCUCGGCUUCUUGGUCUUCCUCCUUAUCUUCGGCCUCGGCGCUGUUGCAGCUCUUUCGGCUCUUGGGCCAUUCCUGUCCCCAGUCGCCCAAGCAAACGUCGCCAUGUCCUGGAUCCUGUGGCUCAUCCUCCUCGGCAUGGCCCUCUUCGAGUUCUUCUACGUCCGCAGGUUCUGGCCCGGCAAGGAGAACCUCAAGAAGAGCCUCCGCACCCUCGAGGAGGAGACGCGUGCCGGCGCCCAGAAGCCCGUCAUGUCUCAGGUCUACCCGGACCCCAAUGUCGCUGCCGGCGCUCCGCUUCUCGCCGGAGCUGGAGCUGGCGCGGUCGGCGCAGCUACCGGCGUUGGUGCUGCUGCUGCAGCCGCACCCCACCCUGGCAUCGGUCCUCCCACUGGCGCGACAUCUCCAGCCCUCACCACGCACCCGGGUCACACCUCGAUGGUGAUGUACACGAUCCCGCUCGGCGCGCCGCUCCCGCCCGGUGCUAUCCCGGCCCCGACGCCGCCCGACGCGGGCGUGCAGUACGUCUACGCCUUCCCGCCUGGCACGCAGAUGCCGAGCCCCGGCGGCGGCCUGCACCCGCCCGUUGCCCAGUCGAUCCGCUCCAGCAUCGCCGGCGAGACGUGGACCGACUCGACGCCGCGCACUGUCGACCCGCUCCUCUCCGCUCCUGCCGAGGGCGUGUCAGCACCCCCGGCGCCGGACUACUUCCCGCCCGCGAUCCCCGAAGCCGUCUCGCCGCCCGGAUCGCCCCUUCCAGCGGCCGUGACCGCCCCCAUCUCGCCGCCCCAGGAGCCCACGUCGCCGGAGCACAACCCGUACACGGCCUCGCCGGUCGUCAACCCCCAGUCGCCGUACGUCGUCCCGGCGGGCAACGACCCCAUCCGCCUACCCAACGUUGUCGAGCAGGACGCCGGCCCAAUGUCGCCCCCCGAGACGGCACCCGUGCCGUACCGCGCCCUCCCGGCCGUGCCCGGCGCCGCCGGCGUCAGCGCCAGCGUCAACCCCAACGGCUACCCGAACGAGAAGGCGUAG